UACAGUACUUGUGUUUUUGGAGCAUACAGUACCAGUCAAAAGAUUGAGUACACUUGCUGGAGUCUAGGUUUAUUCAUAAUUGACAUUUUAUGACAGACAAGUUUCUGUAAAUAUUCAAAAAUUAAAACAAAUUAGAAGACACAAAACAAAAGAUUGUAAUGAUUGUAAGUGUUUUAGAAAACUGGGAACUGUGUAAAUCUUGGAUUCCUUAAGUAGGUGUACUCAAACUUUUGACUGGUACUGUUCUUACAAGGAGCUUGAAAGCGUUAGAGGGAUACUUUGAAACUAAAUCCUGAUGGAUGCCAUUGAUUACGAUGCGGCACUUGACCCUGAGCUUGGUCUCAGCGGGCAGCCGAACAGUGAUCUGUGCAUGGACCAAACGGAGGGUCGGGUGUACAUCGGGCAGGAUGCCAUUGAUUAUGAUGAGGCACCUGACCCUGAGCUCAGCCUCAGUGGGCAGCCGGGCGGUGAUCUGGGUACGGACCAGACGGGCGAUCAGGUGUGCAUCUGGGAUGCCAUCGACUGUGAUGCAGCACCUGACCCUAAAACCAGCUUCAAGGAACACUCUGAGAGUAACAUGUACACCGGCCAAACCUUGGACCAGGAUGUCUUUCAUUGUGAUGCAGCACCUGACCUUGAGACCACCCUGAAUGGGCAGCUGGACAGAAAUGUGUGCACAGACCUAACCGAGGAUCAAGUGUGUCUUGGGGGUUACACUGCAGUCAAAACACCUGUAAAAUACUCUUUCAUUAAGGAGCAAGUGAGAAGGAAAAUCCCAUCGUUACGAGUGAAACUGAAAACUUGGAAGAAACCGAAAAAAUGGAAGGAAAUGCAUUCAAACUUAAGAAGAAAAGUCAAAUCACCCAGAAACAGGCCCAGACUCAAAACCCUGCAUCUGAAGCCAGAAACCAGAAGUUGCAAUGUUUCUAUGUUACUUACAAAACCACCAUUGAGCCUCCUUAAUGUUGAAACUAUUGCUGAAAUUUAUUUUGUUAAACCAAAGUAUGUCAAAGUACAUCAGCUACAAUUUUUAGAGCAGUUAUCAGUCUUUACCGAUAUUCCCGACAAGUUUUGCACCAAUAUAUACAGCAAAUCAUUUACUGUUUUUGAUAUCAUAUCCAGACUUUCUAAAAAGGAUUUAUUGCAACUCAGUAAGGAAAGUAUACAUAUUGGGAAAACAAUGAAUUCAUGUGUCCCAAAAUUUGAUAAUAAUACAAGGCAAUUUUUUUUAGAUCUUAUUGAUGAAGUGAAAAAAUCCGGUGAAGUGACAAAAGGCAGGAUAAAGUUAGAUAAUCAACAUGCAUGGGUUUUUAUAACAGAUGGUAAUCAUAAUAUAAAAUAUUUUAAUGCUCAAAGGCCUGAUUCCAAACAUUCUGAAGUGCUUCUUUGUGAAAAAAUUAAUGAUUUUCUUGAAGAUCAGUCUUUGGAUCCCAGAAACUUAAAAAUUUUUUGUAUACUUUAAACAGUCCUUGCAUUUAUAAAACAUCGGGGCAGUGCUGCAUGGCCAUUCUUUUGAAACAGUGCCAGAAGUGGAGAGAACAUGGCAUUAAAUGUUUUAUUGGAUUCAGCAGGUUCUGGGGUUUCGAUGGCCAUGUACUGAGGUACCUAAAGAAACAGAACCUCAGGGACUGUAUUCAAUGGCUUAGCAAAAAUCCUGAAGGAGUGUAUGAGCAGUACAGAAAAAUACACAGUGAUGUGUGUGAUAUCACAGAGUUUGAUAUUAUGAAACAGGUAACACAUCUCACAGUGCCAGAUUUCACACUGAAAUCAGAGAAAUUUAUCAGUAUCUUGAAUAAAUCCAUAAAUAGCUGCCAUAGGGAAACUCCAGAUAAACUUGAGAAAGGGGCCAUUCGUGAUAAAUGUCAAUAUUUAAAAAAUCGUAUCAAGGGUCUCUUUAGUCAAAGAGGUAGUUCUGAGCACUUUGAAAAAGAGGCACAGAUGAUUUCUGAAGUUUUAUCCGAGUCUUUUAAAACUGAGUUGAUGUUUAACUUGAAGUCAGAGGUUUCUAUCAAACAAUCAGAUUUUUAUCUAACAGCAUUUAGUCAAGAGUUCAAGAAAUUGGUGGUUUCUGCUUUCGUAUCACUGUUCGGACCAAAAACUGUUCAAUUUGGAUGGAUAGAUAAUGGCUGGGAGGAUUGGGAGAUAUUAUGUGAAGCAGAAAUUCGCUGAAACAGCUCUGAGCACAUUGUGUAAAUGCUUACUGA